AUGGGCGCAGUUUUUCCGCAGCUCGCGGAGGACGCCUGCCCGCCUUCGGCUGUGUCGGGUCUCCUGUUUGACGGGAGUCCCGCGGACGCCCGUUUCCACCGCGAAGACCUCCGACCGGACGGGCUCCCCGCCCACCUUUCUGGACCCCGGAAGGGUCCAGGAGGAGGAGAUGAACCCUCGUUUCUGCGCUGCCUUCUGGCCAGAAACAGCGACACCGCGCCUCCUGCAGCCCAGCGUCCUCGUCUCUUCCCGUCCUGUCCCGAGGGCUUCGGGCUUCGCUCCCCGAGCGCGCUGCGUCCCAGCGCCGCUCCUGCCUCUUUCUUCGCCGGCUUCCUUUCUUGGCGAUUGUUAGUCGAGCGCUUCGUGGGAGCCUUCUCCACCUCCGUGCUCUCGCUACCAGUUACCCGCGGGGGGUUUGCACGUCUGCGCGGACCCCGCCAGCCUGCGGGCCCUGUGGGUUUUCCGGGUGUUGUUUUCCUUCCUGCCUUCCCCUCCCGUCACUACCCUGGCAGCUACGGCGAGCUCGACGGUGGAGCCGCUGUAAUUCGUCACAGUUUUGUGCACACAGACUUCACAGGAAAACGCAGUGCUCGCCCGCAGACCGGAUCCCUGCCGCACUCAGCCACAUCCGACCACGGACUGAACUCCCCGAGACCACUGGUGACUGACCAGGCCUUCGUGACCUUGGCCGCCAAUGACCUCUACUGCCAGGGCGCCCUGGUUCUGGGCCAGUCCUUGAGGAACCACGGGACCGCGAGGAAGCUGGUGGUGCUGAUCACGCCGCAGGUGUCCGGCGCGCUCAGGGUCGUCCUCUCACGGGUGUUUGACGAGGUGAUUGAGGUGAACCUGUCGGGGAGCGAAGACCGCACCCACCUCGCGUUUCGGAAGAGACCGGAGCUGGGCGUCACCCUCACCAAGCUGCACUGUUGGACGCUGACCCAGUACAGCAAGGGCGUCUUCCUGGAUCCGGACACUCUGGUUCUGUGCAACAUCGACGAGCUGUUCGAGAGGCGCGAGUUUUCGGCAGCCCCCGACCCCGGGUGGCCGGACUGCUUCAACAGCGGGGUGUUCGUCUUCCGGCCUUCGCUGCAGACCCACGCCCGCCUCCUGCAGCACGCCAUAGACCACGGCAGUUUUGAUGGGGCCGACCAAGGGUUGCUGAAUGGCUUCUUCAGGAACUGGGCCUCGGCCGACAUUCACAAGCACCUGCCGUUCAUCUACAACCUCAGCAGCAGCACCGUGUACACCUAUGGCCCCGCGUUCCAGCAGUUCGGCGCCAGCGCCAAGGUGAUCCACUUCCUGGGGCCCAGGAAGCCCUGGAGCUACACGUACCACCCGCAGACCGGUUCGGUGGUGGAGCAGGGCUCGGGCGUGGACAGGGGGCGGCCCGAGCCCUUCCUGAGCCUCUGGUGGGCCGUCUACCACGCCCAGGUGCUGCCUCUGUACGCGCGCGGCCCGGACGCCCAGACACGCGCCGGCCACAGCGUUUCCCGCCCUGGUGCCGAUGUUUCCUGUGGACACUGGGCGUCGGGAACUGAAGAACGCUGGGAAAGUUCGGCCCGCAGCACCGAGGUUCCGCCACCUGCGCCUUCGGCCCUGGAGCCCGACGCCGCGGUGGGCGAGGCCCAUCCCUUCUCCGAAGGCGGCCGUUCAGAAGAUACGUCGGCGUGUCCUGAAACGGAGGCUUCGGCUGCAAUUCCGUCCGAGCCACAGUCGCCGCCCCCUCCGUCGGCGGAGUGUCCUGCACGCCCCAGCACCUCGCCUGAGAAUCAAGUCGAAGGCGGCCCGGCUGAAGAUCCCAGGGAACCAAGCCAGGAGCCCCGCGCUGAGGUCUCCGGACACCCGGGUCCCCAGGCAGCCUUGGAGGUGGACCUGGCCGUGUCGCUCGCCGAGGUCUCCAUCCGGGAGAAGGUCCGGGAGCGGAGUCCCGAGGAGGAGAGGAGGCAGUGGGAGCAGGGGCGCAUGGACUACCUGGGCAGGGACGCCUUCGCCCGCAUCCAGGAGAAGCUGGACCGCUUUCUGCAGUGAGCCGGGGCCGGCCGUGGCUCAGCGGUGACCGCGGCUGCACGCGGACGACGCGGCGUCUUCCGACCCUUUCCUGGGACGCCGCUGGGAAACUCCGUGCCUCUUUGAUGGUCGAC